UAUGCAAGAUAAUACAUUGCACAGUGAAUGUGGUUAGAAAUCAAGAUCAAAUAGAUAAUAAUCACACCAUCCAACAAAGCACACUACUAUAUAAAAGACUGGACUUGAAACCCCAAAAGGUAGACAAGUCUGUUGUCUUGCUGGCAUCAUGCAUACUCUGCACAAGAUUCUGCUUUUUCAUGUUCUGACAUGUCUCGGGGGAAAAGCACACAGUGGUGAAAUCAUAAACGGGAAAGAAGCCCUGGAGAAUUCAAUGCCGUAUAUGGUCUCUCUGCAGAACAACAAAGGACAACAUGUGUGUGGAGGAUUCCUAAUCAAUGAAGACUUUGUGCUCACUGCUGCUCACUGCGACUGCUUCGGCUUUACACGUGUUGUUCUUGGCACCCACAAUCUCAAGAACAUUAACUACGUAAACAUACGAUACAUUAAAGAGAGAUACAAACACCCAUAUUAUGAGACAGUAGGAAAGGGAAAGGACAUCAUGCUCCUCAAACUGGCUGAGAAGGCUCGACUGGACAACCGAGUCCAAACCAUUCCACUUCCCAGACCUGAAACAAACAUAAAAGAAAACCAAAGCUGCAGUGUAGCUGGAUGGGGUUCCAUAAAAACUAAUGGUAGCGUUGUUGAUGAUCUGAGAGUGGUGGAUGUGUCUAUCAUCAACCUGCAAGUCUGUAAGGAGAAAUGGUCUGGUCUUCCUCUUCCUGACAGUGUUAUCUGUGCAGGUGGAUAUAAGAUCAACAAAGGAUUCUGUCAGGGGGAUUCUGGUGGUCCUCUGGUGUGUGACGGGAAGGCUGUUGGAGUCGUGUCUUUCAACAACAACAAAAACUGUAGCUACCCAAAUGUGCCCAACGUCUACACGGAGACCUCAAAAUAUCUUGGCUGGUUCGAAAGCAUCAUCAAACCUUAUGACGUCCUCUCUCACACAGUGGUCCUGCAGCAUCACUGCUCCUCCAUCACCCAGUGCUCCAACAUAUCUGGGAGUGGAAUUAUAGGUGGAGGAAAAGCCCGGAGAACUUCGAUGCUGUAUAUGGCCUCGAUACAGAGCGACAAUAAACAUGUGUGUGGAGGAUUCCGCAUCAGUAAAGACAUUGUGGUCACUGCUGCACGCUGUGAUGUGAAUCUGGAUAGAGCAAAAGUUGUUCUGAGCACCCAUAAAACUGAUUCAGCUAUAAAAACAGUGAAAUACAUCAGCAAGAAGUGCAAACACCCCUCUUAUGAGGAUUUUACAAAAGGAAAUGACAUCAUGCUCCUCGAAGUGGCGGGGCAGGAGGGAAUGAAUGUUGGUAUAACAACAAUUGAAUUGACUGAUAUUCAGGUAGAAGCAAACAAACAGUGCCGUGUAGCUGGAUGGGGUUGCACUACACCUGGUGAUAAGACUGUAGAUGAUCUGGAAGUGGCCGAUGUGUCUAUCAUUAACCUGCAAGUCUGUAAGAAGAAGAAAUGGCCUGGUCUUUCUGCAGAUGUUAUCUGUGCAGGUGGAUAUAGCACAAAGCGAACUCUUUGUAAGGGGGAUUUUGGUGGCCCACUGGUGUGUGACGGGAAGGCUGUGGGUGUGGCGUCUUAUAACAAAUGUGGCAACUGCAACAGGGAAAAUGAACCCAGCAUCUAUACGGACAUCUCAAAGUUCCUCCCAUGGAUCAACAAAGUUGUCAAGACAAAUGACUGGACAGAUUGUAAAGAAUAACAAUCUUACACACAGCUUUGCUUCAGCACCUUUGUAUUUGUAUUUUGGAGGAGCAGUUGUGUUU